AUGGACUCUGACGAGGACCUGGCCUCGACUCUGGGCAGCGAGGAGGAUUUCAAUCUUCAGGACGAUAGCGAUGAUGCCGAAGACUUUGACGCCUUUGACGAAGACCCCGAUGACGAACCCGACAAUGGCUCUGUCAAGGAGUCCAAGAAGAGAGUUGCCUACGAUAUCAGCUUCAAGGUUCACACGCCGGACGACAUCAUGGCCCAACAGCGUGAUAUGAUGGACGAGGUCAACAUGAUUCUCGAGAUGCAACCCGAAGACGCCGCAAUUCUUCUUCGAUACUUUCAGUGGAACAAGGAGCGCUUGAUUGAGGAUUACAUGGACAAUGGCGCCAAGGUCCUCGAGGCCGCUGGUCUCAGGUCGACAAGCGAGAACCUGCCGAAACUCGAGACCCUUCCCGACUUCAUGUGCGAGAUAUGCUGCGAUGACGACGACGGCCUUCAGUCUUUUGCUUUGAAAUGCGGCCACAGAUUCUGCGUCGACUGCUAUCGUCAGUAUUUGACACAAAAGAUCCGCGAAGAGGGCGAGGCUGCCAGAAUCCAAUGUCCCUCACAAGGCUGUUCACGAAUUAUCGACGCUCGGUCACUCGACAUACUCGUAACACCCGAUUUGGCCGGUCGAUAUCAGGAGCUGCUCAAUCGUACCUACGUGGAAGACAAAGAUAUCCUGAAGUGGUGCCCCGCACCUGAUUGUGAGAACGCCGUUGAAUGUGCUGUCAAGAAGAAGGACCUGGACAAGGUUGUCCCGACGGUGGCUUGCGACUGUGGCCAUCGGUUCUGCUUUGGCUGCAUAUUGAACGACCACCAGCCAGCACCAUGUGAGCUCGUCAAGCAGUGGUUGAAGAAGUGCGCCGAUGACAGCGAAACAGCCAACUGGAUCUCGGCAAACACAAAAGAAUGUCCUCGCUGCAAUUCAACCAUUGAAAAGAACGGCGGCUGUAACCACAUGACCUGCAGGAAGUGCAAGCAUGAGUUCUGCUGGAUGUGCAUGGGCCUAUGGUCAGAACACGGUACCAGCUGGUACAACUGUAGUCGGUUCGACGAGAAGAGUGGUACCGACGCCAGAGAUGCCCAGGCGCAGUCGAGGAAGUCACUUGAGCGCUACUUACACUACUACAAUCGCUACGCCAACCAUGAGCAGUCUGCCCGGCUUGACAAAGAUAUAUACGUAAAGACGGAAAAGAAGAUGGUUCAGCUGCAGACAGCAUCUGGCAUGUCGUGGAUUGAAGUCCAAUACCUCAACUCUGCUUCGCAGGCACUCCAGACCUGCCGACAGACGCUCAAGUGGACAUAUGCAUUUGCCUUCUAUCUUGCUCGUAACAACCUGACAGAGAUUUUCGAAGACAACCAGAAAGAUUUAGAAAUGGCAGUUGAGAACCUGUCCGAGAUGUUUGAGAAACCCGUCGCCGACCUGGCAGACCCCAAAUUAAAGGUAGUCAUCAUGGACAAGACGGCAUAUUGCAACAAGCGCCGUGUUAUCUUGUUGGAGGACACUGCCGAGAAUCUGGCAAAUGGUCGCUGGACGUUCAAUCUGGAUUUGAAGCCCACAGGUGCUCGCAAAUAG